AUGAGUGACAGUCGAGAAAGUUGUACGGAUAAAACCAAAGUCGCCGAUCAUUGGGCUCUAAAAUACAAUACGGCGGGAUAUCCAAAUCACGACAAACACUACGAAUUCUCGCUGCCAAUUGGAGACAUCGAAGCAAAGUCUUUUAAAAGCUCUUUGGCAGAAUUGAACAAGCAAGUGACAGGAGACGCCGCCGUGGUGGGAGACCCUAAAUUCAAUUCGUGGCUACUUCAUCCUAUCUCUGGUUCCAGAUCGGACAAAAGGAAAAUGUUGGAGGCAGCAAGGAAAGAAGAAGAAAUCGUGCUUUGGGAUCAGAUGUUUGGUGUGGAUCAUGAGCAACAAACACAACAAAAACAGGCAAGUUUGGGAUCCUUCCCUUUGAAGAAACUACAAUUUCAGACCAUGCUACAUCUCUCAGAAUCUAGAUUGACAGCUACCAUGGGUCGGACAACUGAGACUCUCGCCAGUCUCUCUCUAGCCAAUGUGAAGAUGACCCCGGCAAUUUCUACCGGAGGUGAUCCGAGUCAAUCUUGCCUGUAUCAACAUCCAUCUUUGACGCACAUUCACGUUGCACAUUCGAUGCUUCCAGACGACAAAGGCACAUGGGAGUGUUUGAUGAGCCUUCUUCAAGAUGCACUGACAUGUCCCAACCUCGAGUCUGUCAACAUUUCCUUAGGCCCCGUGACGACAUUCCAAGAAGUAUCUCUGGGAGCCACUCUUCCCGACAUGUGGUUGCCGUCUUUGAGAUUGAAGCACUUGAAAAUUGAUCGACCACUCCGCGUGCACAAACGCAUUGUGAGUAGGAUUUGCAAUCGCCUUUAUGCACCAGAGAGCCCUUGGAGCGAUUCUUGCUGCUGCAUGAAACGUUUGCACAUGAUGAAUCAGGCUACCAUCCGUUCGAUUUCCACAAUGUUGGCCAAAAGCAAUAGUCUCCAGACACUCUCUCUUCCCGUUUGGCUCCACAAUGUUGAGUCUUUUGCCACAGCUUUGACCACCAAUAGAUCUCUCCAGAGCUUACAGCUACAUCUCGAAGAGUUCCGUGUCAAAAGGAGGCCACCUCAAAUCCGGAAGCUUGCUGUUCCAGAGAAACUGUUCUGCAACAUGCUGGAGGAGAAUCAUGCGCUCCAGCAUCUUGUUAUCACGGGUAUUCCCGCAUGUGUGUGGGAAAGUGGAACAUUGCCAGUGAACUUCUUGCUUCGACUCAACCGAGCUGGACGGAAGCGUUUGCUGAGUUCGGACCCUCCAGCAUCGGACGAGCUUUGGUUGCGUGCCAUCAUCAGCUGCAAGGAUGAAACCGAUCUCGUUUAUUUCUUUCUAUCACAGAACCCCGCAUUGCUUGAAGGAGUGUGA